UUUAUCACCGCUGUCAAACUUCCUGCUUGGUUCAGUGUGUGAGUGUGUGUGUGAGUGUGUGUGUCCUCCACCUCCUCCACCUCCUCCUGACGGCUCCGUGUGGCCGCACCAAGCCGAGCAGCAGCGUCCCCCCCUCGGAUCAGACCUCCAGAGGAACCCGGGACCAAUCUCAGACUCUAUGAUUCCAACAAACACAGAGACAGUAACUCUCCAGCCACUGAACCGUGAAACAUGGAGGAUCGAGGCCCGGCUCAGAGGAAGAUGUCCACAGCUGGAGACAGUUUGUACAAGGUGCUGGGUCUGGAGCGAGGCGCCACCCAGGAGGACAUCAAGAAGGCUUACAGGAAACUGGCACUAAGGCAUCAUCCCGAUAAGAACCCGGACAACCCAGGAGCUGCAGAGAAAUUCAAGGAGAUCAACAACGCCAACUCAAUCCUCAGUGACGAGAACAAACGGAAGAUCUACGACGAGUACGGAUCCAUGGGCCUGUACGUGGCCGAGCAGUUUGGCGACGACAGCGUGAAACUGCACUUCCUCGUGAACAAGUGUUGGUUCAAGGCCCUCCUGGUGUGCGGCUGUAUCUUCACCUGCCUCUGCUGCUGCUGCUGCUGCUGCUUCUGCUGCGGGAAGUGCGGACCCCCCGUCCCCGAAGAGGACGGCACCUUCCACAUGGACCCAGACGACCUGGACGGGGAGUUUGGAGAACACAACGCAGCAGGAGAUCCUGUGAUAGUUGUUCAGCCGAGCUCUGCUGCUGCUGCUGCUGAGGAUUCAGCAGGAGGAGAUCACGUGAUCGUUAUGCAGCCGAGCUCUGCUGCUGCUGACAAAUCAGGUGGGAACGCACCGAUUGUGAUUCAGCCUCGUGCGAGCGACGGCGCCUCGGGGACCGGAGACGCCCAACAGGAAGAGUGAGCUCAGGAAUGAAGACGUGAAUGAAUGAGUUGAGUGCGUGGAAUUUGUUCUGAUUCUGAACCGUCUCUAAACCAGGUCAUGGCUGUUGAUGAACACAAAUCCAGUGUCUGUGUCUGUGUGUGUGUGUGCGUGUGUGUGUGUGUGUGUGUGUGUUAGUUUCCCUCAGACUGUGGCCGACCUGCAGAAAACCUGUUCAUCUCUCAGGUGUUGUCGUUUACAUGAACCGGGCAGCGAUCUGAUUGUGCCAACGUUUCUCUUCCUUUUUAAAAAAAAAAAAAUGUUAAUGGUGUAUUCUUUGAUCCUGUCUUUUAUUUAUUUCUAUGAGAUAUAAUAUGGAACAACUCUUAAAAAUGACUAGAUGACCAGAUGUUUUCUAUUUUGUUGACUUGUGUACUUUUGAUUAUGUAAAAUGUUUCCAUCAGAGUUCAAACCCAGAGAAAUCCACAGUUUUAUUCAAGGGAAUGGUACAUUUAAAUUUGGUCUCCUUUUUAAUUUGUGUCAAAUGAGCUCUACCCGUGUUUUUGUCCGUCUCGGCUCUAACCACGAAAAAACACAUUGUUAGCCCGUCGGCAGUUUUGUUUGUAUUGGUCACUCGUGAUGGAUCGAGAUUCGUUCAUCGCCGUUUGAUUCGUUACCUCAUGGAAAACACGUCUUUUCCAAAGAGCUGAGCGGGGGGGGUCACAGAGUAGCUGUACUGUACAAGCACUUGAAACUAAAGCCAACAGGGACUUUAUUUUAUUAAGACUUUUUGUGCCAAAUGUUUCUGGUUUUCUGAUAUUUCUGGAUGCUCCAGAUGUGUUUUAGAGCUUUUCUUCCUCUGUGGUGUUUGAGACGACUUAUUCCCUGAGAAAUUGUGACGAUGUGUUAAAGGUCCAGUGUGUAAGAUUUAUCCUUAAAAUGGGCCUUUUAUAUUUAAAUACUUUAUAUUAAG